AUCUUCGUUCUUCAACUUCAAACUUCAAAAAUUUUUAUUGUUAAUCGUUAUUCGUUACGUUCUUCACAUCACAAUCAAUCUUCAAAAAAUCUCUUUUUUAAGCCAGCAAAGCAAAUUAAGAAAACAUCUGAAAUGGCCAGGCCAGGGAAAGAGGAUGCUGCUGAAGAUGCAAAGAAGAUAGUAGACGAUGCAAAGAAUUUUAUUGAAAAGGCAAUAUCAGAUAUUGGGAAAACGUCUGCAACAAAGCAGUUAAUUUUAGGAACUACGUCAGGGUGGAUAACUGGUUUUCUAUCUAUGAAAAUAGGGAAGAUAGCUGCAGUUGGUUUGGGAGGCAGUGUUAUUCUAUUACACAUUGCCAGCCAGAAGGGAUACAUUGAUAUUAAUUGGGAUAAAAUUAACAAGAGAGUUGAUAAAAUCAGUGAUAAGAUAGAAAAGGAAGCAACUGGAAAAUCUCCUGAUUGGAUUGAAAAAGUUGAGAGAUUUGUGGACCGCAAAUUGGACAAAGCUGAAGACCUAUUGAAGAAAAAAGAAGUUAAAGCUAAACGCUGGGUACACAACAUAACUGGAGAUGAUCACUAUCGUGCUACUGAGUCUCACGUAUUUCUGGCAUCGUUUGUUGCCGGAAUGGCCAUUGGUCUCCUCUGCGGGAAAUAGACUGUAAGUCAGGGAUAAAUAAAUACUAAUACGAUUUCAAAAAUUAUUAGAAACUGUUAAUUAUAAAAAAAAUCUAAUAUAUUGACCACAAUAUAGUGAUAGAAUUUGGAACCUAGAUAUGUUAUAUAGCUUGUUGAAUAUAAAAUAUAACAUUUUAUUAACUUCUCUAUUUAAAAUUCAAUUCAUUUGUCGUUCUCAAGGAGCAUAAUAAUGGAAUUCGUUUUUAUACAAUUUGUUGAGGAUAAAAGUUAAUUUAGUUUCUCCGACAGUAGAAUGAUACCUACUGGUCGCAAUGGUUCAUUUUAAAUAAGUACAACUAAAACGAAGUAUCGAACUCGUCACAGACUAUAUUAUAUUUUGUUUUUUAUAUAUUAAAAUUAUAAUAUUGAGAAAAACCAAAUACCAUAUAGUCACUAUGGUUUAAUAUCAAUGUGAUUGGGAUUUAUGGAUUUCUUUGUUGCAUACCUCCCCCCACCAUUGAACCUAAGAGUCUAUACACACGUACCAACUAACCACACCAAAACAAAAUCACGUAGUCGAGUUUUUAAUAAAAAAUGUUAAGCUCAAUUCUCACUGACCACAUUUUAUUGUUUAACCGUGUGCAACCGUGUAACAUUGGUCGCACUGCAUCCUCCGGCAACUUGGCAAACGAGUGGCAAGCCAUUUUGCGAUAAUGUUACAUAAUAUUGAAAAUACUUAAGGAACUAAAACCGAAAUCGACCUAUCUGAAAACACAAUAACAAUGAAUUGCAAUCAGUAUGAAAAUCUAUAGGUAGGUACAUUAUUUGGAUCUUUGUGAAAUGAAUAUCAAGGACAUUAAAAAAGCGGACGUAAUGUCACUUAAAAUGAUUCGAACACCAAAUAUCAGUGGUGUAUUUAUGUCGUGUACUUGCAACGCCCUAAUGACGAGUCAUGCCACACGACGGAUGUCCUUCGUGUCAAUGUGUGUGUAUUCUGCAUGUAAGUCUAUAGUAGCCAGGUACCAAAUUCAUUAUUUUAAGAGACGCACGUCCGCCUGUUUGUUAAUGUCCUUGGUGAAUAUUAAAUAACAUUCGAUCUAAAAGUAGUUGCAGCAACCAGCGUCACCUUUAUUGAUGAAUACAAUGUAUGAUGUAUGUAACCAGUAUUCGUUGCUGCGAUGUGGUGUUCUUAAGUGUGAAUAGACCCUAGAUUUUAAAAUCAUCUCAUUUUAGAAGUAUUAUUAUUAUACCUAUUUAAAAAUCGAAUAAUUAUAUAAAUGAUGUAUUAGUAGUACCUGCUAUAUUCGUCACAAAAUAAGAGGUCAACCCUGACAUUUGUUAGUCUCUGUACCGCUAUCACUGUAAUUUGUUACGAAAGUCCACGUAAGAAAUAAAAAAUCUAAUUCAUAAUAUUAAUUCAUUACUACGCUACUUUGUCACAACAUCAAAUUAAUGUCGAAAUGCCACCGCCGCCAUUACAAUCUUAGGUUGGUUAUCUGCCAGUAACUUUUAAUACAUAUAGGUAGUACAAUACAUUUAUACAUUAAAUACAUUUCGACAUUUUAUCUAUCAAUAUUUUAUUACACAUGUAUAAAACAUCUAUUAAGGAACCAAAUUUUAAGAGUUUUAACUAAGAACCUAUUAAUCUUUAAUAUUGUCAUGACAUUGAUUCGUCAAUGCUCAACGCAGUUUUUGGCUAUUUCGGAAGUUCUUGAACUGUUCCGAUGAUUACAAACUAAUUAAUUUAACUUGCCACACGGGAAAUUCCAUUAAUUAUCGAGAUAAUGGACGUUCACCAUAGGUGUAGCCACAACUUAACGCGAUAAUUUUAAAACGACAAUACCGCUUGGCGUUAGGCGAUAGUUCAGGUGGCGGUACAUCAAAGAUGAACGCAAUAAUUGACGCGACGAAGUGGUCACGCUCCACUACGUUUAGUAGUGAGCGUCGAGAGCGCAUCGGGAGCUGACGUGUUUUUAUUUUUUAUACGAAGGGUUUGCAAAUACGUAUACAAUGACGACGGAGUAGAGUAAUGAGAAAGUAAUCACUUUUAUGGAGAUUCUGCAAACAGAACCAUUUCUGUGGGAUCCAAAAUUAAAUAAAAAUUAAUACUCAUGCUAUAUAGAGCUCUGUCGUCGUCCAUCUUGUUUGAAGUAAAUUCAACGCCGUUUGUAUCGCCAAUAAUGAGCAUUCACGUUGACCGUUGAAGUGUAGCCACCCACUUCGAUACCGCUAAAAUUAUUGCAAUAAUUAUAGCGAUAAUGGACAUUCACGUUCAACGUUAGUGUGGCCCCAGCAUUAGGAAUCUUCAGUCAAAAUUGAGCAACCAACCUUAUUUACUCUCACUACAUGGCACUGUCAGAGUUGACCUCUUAUUUUGUGACGACUAUAGGUCAACCUCAAGAUAUUUGUAGUGAGCAUUAGCGUAGGAUUUAAUCUCUGUAAGAAGUAAUAUACCUAAUCCUUAUAAAUAAAUUAUUUAAAUAAU